CAAGACUUUUUGCGCGUCGCCAUAGCCGGGCAUUGGUUUUGAUGGCGACUGCUUUUAGAAAGAUGGACCAUGGAGUAUGUACAUUGUACGCGUGACUUCAUAAUUUUGAGAGCCGGAGGAAGCAGAGAUGGACCCCAAACAGGAGACGAAGCUGGCGGAAGCCAUUUCUGUCCAUCCAGGGUUCCUCCACUUCCUCCAUCUGGUUGAUGCCCAAACCCACACCACCUCCUUCGAAUUGCCUUCCGGAAGCCCAUUUCCUGACACUGUACUUUUGUUUAGGCCAUCUAACACCAGUUCACAAGAAUCACCGUGUCUACCAACAAGGAGAGGUAUGUAUGCUGCAAGGGGGACCAUUGUGCACAUCCGCAGGGCGUCUCGACAGACCACGUUCGUCGAUAUAGAUCUUGCAGCCGGAGGCAGCAGGAAAGCGGACACGAAUGCAGCAGAAGCAUCAGUUUCGGACGGAUCCAGCGAAGUCUGCAAUGAUAGCAUCCAACCACCAGACAAUAUAAACUCCCUAGCUUUGAAACAGCCUGACGUAAGCCAGUCGGACGAACCUGGGGCUUGCGCAGAACAGAUUGAAGCAGUACGUAGUCAGGAAGCGGCUAGCAACAAACAAUCUGGUUUGGAAGAAUCUAGAUCAGGUUUGUUUAAAGUAGACCAGGCUACACCAGACCAGUCUACUCCAAAGCCAGCAAUUCGAGAUACAGCCACCCCAGAAUGCUCUGGUUGCAGCCGCCUGGAGCUGAUGAUACCUGGCAGCCUGUUGGCGUCCCUGCCCCAGAAACUGCGCAUCGGCUCGUUGGUGGAGUGUUGGGGAGAUUGUCUUGAGAACCUCUCAGCUGUGCGAGCUGACCCCCAGCAUUCCGGGCCAACCUGUAGAAGCAGCGACGGCGAAACCCAGGUUCAGGAUGUAGCAGCAGCAAAGAAUGGAAUCGGUGGCGUGACAGAUGAACCUAUACAGAAUGCAAAGUUCGAGGAGUUGGGAGAAAGGCGCUGUGCAUUGAGUAACGGGGCCGCUUCGAGAGAGGGUGCGCACCAUCUUGAAAUUUCUCCCAGCUUGCAAGAAGGGGGCUCGAGCAGUAGUUUGAAAACUCGGUGCAAGGGAAGUUCCCUGACUGGGAAGGUGAUUCCAGAUGUUGACUGGAUGCUGCAGGUUAGCAGCUUAAACGUGUUUGACCCGCGAGGGUCGGCCUCAGGUAAUGAGUUUCUAUAUAAGCAUCUAGCUGCAAAGAGCGAGCUUCCUUCGGUGUGCCGCGGUGGCCGCAGUGCGCAGGCUAAACCCGGGGUUUGCAAGUACUGGGUUAACGAGGGGCGGUGUGCCAGGGGGGUAGAUUGCCCCUACGAGCAUCCCCCCCACGGUGAACCGCUGAAAAAAGCGAGGGCGGGGUAUCUGGCAGCCAAGGCAAGCGGGAACCAUGCCUUGGGGAACGCGGGGAAGGCCAAGCGGGCGCAGGUGUUUGGGGACUGGGUUAAGGAAACCUACGAAAGGGGAAACCCGGACUUGCGGGUUGUGGACGUCGCUGCUGGGGCCCAUGGAGAGCUGGCGUUCCAUCUUGCAGAACACGGCAUCUUUUGCACCUCCGUCGAGCCCCGGGAACGGAAGCUCACCAAGGCACAGCGGAAAGCGCUCGCGGAGAAGGGGGUCCGUCUGCCCAAGGAGUCCACCCCCCCAGCGUUGCCGCAAAGCUUGGUCGGAGCGCACAGGCGCGAGCUAUUUGCGGACGACAAGUUUUGGACGGACGUCGUACGAAAAGAAGCCGAUAUCCUGGUGGGACUGCACCCCGACCAGGUGACGGAAGCAAUCGUCGACGUCGCCCUCCGAGCCGGCGUCCCCUUUGCGGUGGUCCCUUGCUGCGUCUUCCCGAAGCUCUUCCCCGACAGACGCAUAGGAGAUGGGCGUCCAGUCAUAACCUAUGAAGACUUUGUCGAGUACCUCCAGCGCAAGGGCAAAGCGCACGGCAAGGUAGUCGAGAAGGCGACGCUCAAGUUUGCGGGCAGUAACACCGUACUGUUUACACGGACGUGAUCUGUUUGAUUGAUGCUCACUUUGGCUUAUACUUAUCUGGCCACCACUUGCAGCAAGUAUGAGAGUUGUGCAAGGUCGGGAGAAUCUGGUCAAUGUUCUUGUGCAGAUAGAGCUCACCUCAUGUUCUGCAGUCUUAGGGCGGAUGAUCGAGUCGGCUUCAUGCUUUGCAUGAUUCAUAUAAGCGUCGCUUGAGAUUGUAUACAUGCCAACUCCAC